UGUCUCGGCCGCGGGUCGUCCAGUAGGCGACGACGCAAAGAAAUUCUAUUCGUUUAUUGACCCUGUAAUUUUUACGCGCGCUAUUACAUACCUAUUCUGUGCAAAACGAUUCAAUAAUACUCAAUACUUUUUAACUUCUUUUCUUUCGUGAACAAUUGCACUUAAAAAAAUAUUCUACAAAAUUUGCAGGAAAUGUGUAUAUUACUUGCUCAUUAGUUAUUUCCUGUGUAAAUAUUGCUGUAAUAAAUUAACUGUGUUUAAUCCGUAAUUAAAAAAUGUUGUGACUGAUGUAAAAAAAAAAUACUGAUUUUUUUUCAAUGUUAUGGGUACCAAAAACAUCGAGGUUCUUAGACCUAUACAAUGUAAAACAACUUGCCUAAUACCUAGGUAGUCAUUUUUUUUCCAAUUGGGAAAAUUUGUGGAAAUGAACAUUCGUAAAAGUAAUUCUUUCAUCAUUCUUUUUAAAAUUAACCAUGGCAGUAUUUUAUAUUCACCACUAUGCGCAGGCGCGGUCGACCGUCGCGGGCCAUGCAGGGAGCUGCCACCGCGCCCGCACCACCUGCGGCCGAGCCACCCUCUUCGCAACAAAUCAAAACAGAAGAGGUCAUCACUCAAGCGAAAAUAGAGAUCGAUGAAAUGGAAAAUAUGGUGGAGAAACAGGAAUUUAGAGCGACCAGGACGACCAGCAUCGACAGCGACAACCGCUCAGACAAAAGUGAAGAAGAAGACUCCAGAAGAUCCCGCAAGAGGGCUGCAUCUACCUCUCCAUCCCCUCUACCCCUAGACAAGAGAACCACCCGAUUCGAAUGUCCCAAAUGCCGACAGCGAUUCGAUUCCGCAAAUGCAUUUGACGUCCAUAGAUUCACUGUCCAUGGAGACGACACCAGAACCGGUUUCGAUGAUCUAACCUUUGUGGACUUUUCAAGCAAAAAGUUUCCGGAAAUCGCCCGGGGUAUCUGUGAACGAAACCCUCACGUAUCUAUCACCGAACAACGCUUUAGAUGCGACCUCUGCGCUAGGGAUUUUCCCUGUGGACAAGCUCUAGACAUGCACAGGAAAUCAUGUUCAGGUACCACUCGCAUUCAAAGUCCUGAACGGGAUAGGAGGGAAGACUUCUUUGCUAAAUUAGAUCUUAGAAACCGCUCUUUUGGAAUUCCUGGAACUUUGACACCACCAAUGGAUAGGUUUACUCCAAAGUUUGAUGAUGGACACCUCACAAAUGGCAUGAGACACAUAGAUGCUGCCAGAGAUUUAGCUGAUAUUCAAUCUAUUCUGAACGUUACAUCAGCUGGAAGUCUUUUAGAAAGACUUACAGGUACAAGAGUAGGCUUAGAAAGCACAGUGCUGACACCUCCCGAUACCAUUAUCAAAGAGAGAGAGCAAGAAGAAACGCAAGAUAAUUUUGCGGCUGAAUUCAGACGCAUGAAAUUACGUGGUGAGUUCCCGUGUCGAUUGUGUCCUGCUAAAUUCCCAAAUCUGAGAGCUCUCAAAGGUCACAACAGAGUCCACCUUAGUGGCACCGGCCCAGGACCUUACCAAUGCAACAUGUGUCCUCAUGCAUCGUUGGACAAAGCAGCUUUGGUUCGUCAUAUGCGAACACAUAACGGAGAUCGUCCAUAUGAAUGUGCUGUAUGUAAUUACGCUUUUACUACCAAAGCCAACUGUGAAAGGCAUCUAAGAAAUCGCCACGCUAAAGUCACGAGAGAAGAUGUCAAGCGCUCCAUAAUCUAUCAUCCUUCAGAAGAUCCCAAUAAUGAUGAGGUAAACUCAAAGCUGGCUAGAGAUGAAGUGAAAAGAUCUCUCGCUUUCCAUACCCCAGACAUUGAAAGACGUAGUGAAAAUACUGGUCGAGAUACACCUCUGACUCAUUUUACUCCCAGCUUCAUUGCUGACAGACAUCCAGUUUCAGCUUUAGUAACUAAGCCAUUGCCAGAAACUCCCACGCUGACUCCAAGAGAUAAUGAACAGGCCAUGCCAAGAAUUAAGGUAAAAGGUAUCGGUCAACUUACUCAGAUACCCGAAUAUAGACCAGCUGACUUAUCUUCCUUCAAAACUAAUGACGUUCAAUCUGAUACUUAUGAAGAAGAUGCUCCUGUUGACCUCAGCACAAAUGAUAGCUGUGAUGUUCUUGAUCUCAGUAAAAAGAAAAGAGAUGUUGAUAGCGACGAGCCCAAAGCUCCACCGAGACCAUCCUUUGAGCCUGACCCAACAGCUGCUGCAACAGCAUUUGAGAAAACCCGAUUGUUGAUAGCUCAACAAAGAAUUCUCGAGAAUACAUUGCCUAAAAUAGAUCCAGCAUAUUACGCAACACAACUGUCGCAGCUAUAUGCCGGUACGGUACCCGGUAUACCUGGUCUCCCAAUACCGCCUUCCUUUCCAAUCAAUCCUUACUUUCUUCAACCUUCGUUUUUUCCUCACCCAACUGAUUCUCAAGAACUUGUCGAAAUAAAACAACGUAUCCAGAAAGAAAUAAUUCGAGGCUUGAGCAUGUCAGGAGGAAGGCUUGUCGCUAACGAACAAGAUACUCAGCCAAAGCAAGAACCUGAAGAAGAAGAACAGAAACCAUUAGCUUUACCAAGAUCGCCAUCUCCUAUUCCGCAAUCCGAAUCUCCUAGACCGCUUAGUAACAACAUUAUACCACAAAAUGACUCCGUUAAAAUGGUCAUAAAAAAUGGUGUGCUAAUGCCUAAACAAAAACAACGAAGAUACCGCACUGAAAGACCAUUUUCAUGCUCUCAAUGCUCAGCUCGUUUUACCCUUCGCUCGAACAUGGAACGGCACGUGAAACAGCAACAUCCACAGCACUGGAGUGUGAGAAGACCAGCGCCAAGAGCUCCUCCUCCGUACCCCAAUCCUGACACAUUAGUCGAUCGUGUCAAAUUUGCCUUGCUAGCUCGCCAUCUAGAGCGCCCUUUGCAACAACCUGAGCGGUCGCCAGUACGCAGAGAUUCUGAUGAAGUUGCAGACAAUGAGGAAGAUGAAGAUGACACGCUAGUUAUCGAUGAAGAACCAGAUGCAGAUAACAAAUCUGAUGAGCAUUCCGCAGCCCAUAGAGCUGCAGCUGAAAUUUUGAUGGCGACCCGCCAGCAAGAACUUAAUAAGGAUUUUGAUCUUAAAAUUGCUGGAAAUUUGAUCAAUAAACCUAUUUCUCUUGUCACCGAAAAGUCUGACGCAGAAGCCGAACCAACUCAAAAUCAAGAAUCUUUGCCUGUACCUGUGCUAUCUGCUCGUAGUGAUGAAGAAGAAGAUGAAGAGGGUUUAGUUGCAUCGACUAGCGAAGGGAACAACUCGGGAAGCGAUGAAAAUAAAUCUGAUGCAGACAAUGGAGGUCAACCACCGAAAAAGAAAUCUGCAUACAGUCUAGCACCCAACCGAGUGUCGUGCCCAUAUUGCCAUAGAAAAUUCCCCUGGUCAUCUUCACUUCGACGUCACGUUCUGACGCACACUGGUCAGAAACCGUUCAAAUGCCCGCACUGCCCUCUUCUCUUCACAACCAAGUCAAACUGCGAUCGCCAUUUGUUACGAAAACAUGGUGGAUCAGCAAGGGCCAUACUAGCUGAGCCAAUCCCGGAAACCGUGACUCCUCCUCAACCAGUAAAUGACACGAGAACUGUGCCUGAAAGGCCUUUCAAAUGUGCGUCAUGUCCAACUAGCACAUUUUCUUCUUUAGAAACUCUGAAGAAGCACAUGUCAUCACGCCAUGGAACUGGUGAUUCGCAGCCAGGUUCACCUAUUCCGGAUACAAAUGAUGAUAAUACUGAUGGAUUAGUCUUCAAGUGCCAUCUUUGCGAAGGAUCUUUCGGUGACAGAGGCGGUGCACUGGGACACUUGGCUUCGGCGCACGCGACGGAAUACGAGCAACUUGUCAGCAAAGGAGCGUUAGAUGCGGCUAGUGACAGGAGUGAGAGUGCAGAUGAUGAUGAGAGGGGCAAGUUUCCUGAUCACGCUAAUAGAAAGGUCGUUUGCGCAUUUUGCGUGCGCCGUUUCUGGUCAGCCGAAGACCUGCGCAGACACAUGCGCACUCACUCAGGAGAGCGACCGUUUGCGUGUGAUCUGUGCCGGAGAAGAUUCACACUGAAGCACAGCAUGCUGCGACAUCGGAAGAAACACAGAGACGACGCUACUGAUGACGAAGAACCUUCUCCACCGAUCACGCCUAUUGAAGGAGAUAAUAUUUCCAAUGGAUAUCGCUAUCGUGACGACGACGGCUCUGGCAAUGAGAUUCCCAACAACGUCAACAACAACAACUCUCCCCCAGCGGCACCAUUCGACAAGAAACUCAAACUGGACAUGACUUCCCGUAAAUAUUCCUCGGAAGCCGAAAACGACGGGGAAAACGGGAGCGAUUUGAUCGGGAAACUGUUGGGCAUUCCUGACAAGACCAUAAUUAAUAAGUUACUUUCUUCAGCGGAUGAAGCGGCCAAAUUCCUUGGAGUAAACAAAUGAGAGUACGCUAUAGUCCUUGUGACACCAGCUAGACUCAUCCUAGCCCCGCGAGGACUAAAACUACCACAAACUGAUACAACGACGUCAACGAAUGCAAGCACUAAUACUACAACGCCAUCUAUCAACGAGUAGACGUACUAUGUAUAUAAUGAUCUAUAUAUGCGCUUAUAGCGCCGUUAAAAUUUUCUAAUUUACUUAUUAUGUAUAAUAACUAGGUGCCUUUAGAUGCCUUAAGUAAAGUAUGAACCGUCCUAUUCUGCCUUAGCGUAAUAUUAUAUCUAAUCUAAAUAUUUAAUAAAAGUGGGUUACAAGCAACGAAAUUUUCUGUAGUGCCAGUUUACGAAAGUACAUUUUUAUAUUCGUCAUUAGCUAGUAAGUUACUGUCAUACUUUAAUCGUUAACUCGCGUUUACGUAAUGUUUUAGCACGAACCAAAAAUCGCUAAUAUCUAGAGCUACGAGCCAAUUUUUUACAUGCAUUUCCAUCUAGUCGUGUUUUUCUAUUUUCAUUUUCAUGUAUCCUCAAAAUCACCAAACGAACUUAAUUUUGCACAAUAGGUACCUAACCUAAUAGUUAAAUUCAGCCAAAAACAUUUUGCAAAUCCAAAUUUAUCUAGUCAAUCCCUUAGAUACAUUUUCUUUUAUCGGUUAAAGUAAGCUAAAAUACCAAAAUAUCAAUAAUUAGAUGAUAAAUAGAUAAGUUAUUUAGGCAAUACUAUCAUUAAUAUUAUACGAUAUCAAUAAACCUCAUGAUAUAAUAUCCUACCAAUGAAUAGUUUUAACAUAACUAUGCUUUGUUUGUAACGUUAGAAAAACUUAUCUAAACAAAGUUUGAGACAAAUUACAUGACAUGUCUAUUUUAUCACGAGAAAACAGUAAUACCUGAGUAUUACUGUUUUCUCGUGAUUUCCAUACCUUCAUACUGUAAUGUUCUGUUACCCCAUACUUUUUGGUGUAAUUCUAUUGAAUUAUAACCUCAAUUCCUCUUAAUAAUUAAGUACUUAAUUAUGUUACUAACUUUUGGGUUAUAAUUGUAAUUUUAUUUGCUCAAAUUCAUGGCAUUUCUUUUUAUAUCGAUUAGAAAUAAACGUUGCUUUUAAACGGUUAGGAUCUCUUAAAUGUAAUUGAUGAAUUUGUAUAAAGGCAAUCUUAAACAAUUCACAUAAAUGGCUUUUGGUGGAUGUAAUUUUACCAAUUUUGGUUAUUUUAAGAAAUGGAGUUUCAAUGUUUUGUUUUUAUCCCGAAUUUUAUGAAAAUAAGUGUUUAAUUUAUAUUUUAUUGUUGCGGCAAUGUUAUGUUUCCAUUUGGGUUAAACCCUUAGAUAUAAUUAUUAGAUUAAGUCUCCUUAUGGAUUGACGAAUCAUACAUACGCUAGAAUAUACCUAAGUCCGAAAAUCGCUUUGUAAAUAUUCAAAUGCUGAAAUAAAAUACCAAAUAUACCUUUCAUAGAUAUAUAUGUAUUUCGAAUAUGUACAUUUUCUAAAAAGCGUAAACGUACUUAAAAUUGUGCAAAGUUUUACUUUAAAAGAGAGUAACUAUAAUAUGUAUUAUGAAUAAUGGGCUUGAUUCUGUGUCUGUAAUAGUUUAGUGUAGGUAUCUUUACAACAUUUUAAGAUAUGAUAGUACUAAAUGUAUUCAAUGUAUUGAAGUAAAACUUUAUCACUUAAUGAUUGAUUUAUGUAUAAAUCUAUGGAGCAAUAAUAAUAAUAGUCUUUUAAUUACAUACGUUUAAUUUUUUAAGUGUGUGUCUUUAAAUGUUUAUCAACUAAUUAAUUAUAAUUAAUAUAUUUACAGUAAGUAUAUACCAAAGUAAGUUAAAUAUUGUAUUAUUUUAAUAUUAAAAAUCCUGCUUCAUGUCAAUUAUAGUUAGAAAUUGUGGACAUAAUUUGAUAUUAAUUAUAUUUAUUGAAAUCGAGUAAUUUUGAUUGUAUGUGGCCAGUUCGAAAUUCAGUUGCGAUUAAAUGAUUAGAAUUCUUUCAUUGAAUCGUGCGUGAAUCUGUUUCAUAUAAAUUAUACUUACGUAAGUAAUCUCGUACUUAUUAUAAACAUAGAGUAUAAUAUAAGUCAUAAAUUAAGUAUAUUGUGGCAACACCGCUUGGCCUUUCAAUGUAGUGUUUGUGUGUUUAAACAUUGCUCUUUUAUAUUUAAGAUAAUUUUGAUAAUAAAUUCUACAUAGUUAUUGAAUUGCAUGACUAUAUUGUACUAUUACUAUAUUAAAUAUAAAAAUAAGAUAUUGACUAUUCACCUGUUUGCCUCUCUUUCUUUCAUGCAAUAUGAGUGUCGUUUCAAAAACGUUUUUUGUGAAAUACAUAAUGGUGUAUUAUUAAAUAACAAA